UUGCCUGGCCUCGAGGAGGGCGCCUUUCUCCGCAGAAUUUCAGAACGCUGACGUUCUGAAGUAAUCAUGUGAUUCGGUCCGUUCCCAGGGUUCAGCGAGAGCUGUUUGCCCCACCCCACCUCUUCAGCGCUGGCUAUCCUCACUGCCCUGCUCUCCUGGAGGAAAAAAGAGAGCGGGGAGAAUAGCGUAGAAAAUACACAGCCGUUCCGCCGAGCUCGCCUAUCAGUCAGCCCGCUCGCCGAGGGACCUCCGCGGCGGGAGUGGAGGAAUGUGACGAACGCCGUUCUCCUCUUCUGCUCGCCCGUCUUCGUGCACGUGCACGAGCGCGACGGCCACUCCGAAUCCCUGAAAGAACACAAAGCUGAGGCUGUCAGUGGACGAGGCGGUUAAGCGGUGAGAAUAUGGGGGGAAGCCGCAAGAUUGGCGUCGUUUUGCCGUUUUAGCGCAGUCAGAGAAUAGCAGCCGCCUUUUUCGGGCUAUUUAUUAUCGGCUCGGGCAAAGAGGCUUUUUCCGACGCGAAAGGACGUGUGCAUGUACUGAAUCUGAAGAGGAGAAGCCCGAGAAGGCCCUCUGGAUUGGGGGAAAAUCAGCAUAGAGCAGCAGAGGCAGCGGCGGCAGCGGAGCAGCAGCCAUCACAGAAACGACGAGAGGAGGAAAAACUGAAUUAUUUCCCCGACGCCCAACGACGUACACGGAGCCGUAGUGCAAAUUAGGUGACCUUUUCGUGGAAUUCCUCGCCGUUUGGGGCUGGAAUGAACAGCGAGAGAAGGAUACGCGCUCGGUUCGUGUAGUUUAAAUCAUUUUCGCUUGUCUAGUUAGCGUUACUAGCUACCUAACUAACCCUAGAUAGCUAGGCUAGGCUAAGCUAAGCUAAGCUUGGGCCGCCUCUGCGUGGAACGGGGCUGCGACUAGGAAACGAGGAGCAAAACACGGCCUUGUCGGGGUUGAACUGCUCAGAAUCGAACAGCAGCCCGUCUCCGUUUCGCCCAGCGACGGACGGUAAUAAUAGCUAGCUAACCCAGCUAGCUAGCUAGCUAGCUAAAUAAAAACGGGCGGUUCUUCCAUUCGGAUGCUCCAGCAGCACGUAGCUAACGCUAACUAACGUUAGCUAACUAGCUAGCUAGGCCGAAUCCUCCUCCUCCUCCUUCUCUUCGUGACAUGAAAUUAUCCUUCGCUUCUGCUCGCUAUUGGAAAGUUGAGGGUGGAGGCCUCAAGUGAUCAAUGUAUGGAUGGAUAAUAACCUUCAUCUUCGUCUAGGACAAACUUUAGCUCGCAAGAAGCGAAGACCAACCCAGACAGAGCUUUAAGAGGAAUCGCUGUUAUUAAAAACAAAUAUAUAUAUAUAUAUUUAUGUACAUAAAAUAUAUAUAUAACGCUAGGGUACCCCCCUCAUUUCACCCAGAGCUAUGAAAACGCGUAUAAUGAACUUAUUAGCUACACAUCAAUGUCAUCGCUGAAAUAACAGCGGAGGUAGCUAGUAGGUUACUAACUAACGUUAGCUAGGCUGCACCGGGACGACUUGGAAAAUGUAUAGCCUACAUGUCGCCGACAGUUCCAACCAUUUCGUGGAUCAAACGAAUCUAGAAUAGCUCAUUUUAUCUAUUUAUUUUCCGAUAUCUCCUCGCCCCCCCUUGAACCUUUCUUUCGCGGGAAGAUGGGCUGCUUGGGAAACAGUAAGACCGAAGAUCAGCGUAAUGAAGAGAAGGCGCAAAGAGAAGCGAACAAGAAGAUCGAGAAGCAACUUCAGAAAGACAAGCAGAUCUACAGAGCCACGCACAGGCUGCUACUUUUAGGUGCAGGAGAGUCUGGGAAGAGCACUAUUGUAAAGCAGAUGCGGAUUCUGCACGUUAACGGCUUCAACGCUGAAGAGAAAAAACAGAAGAUUCAAGACAUCAAGAACAAUAUAAAAGAGGCCAUAGAGACCAUAGUGACAGCCAUGAGUAAUCUGAGUCCGCCUGUCCAACUUGCCUGUCCAGAAAACCAACGACGAAUUGAGUACAUUCUCAACUUUAUCAAUCAGAAGGACUUUGAAUUCACAUCUGAGUUUUAUGAGCAUGCAAAGACUCUGUGGCAAGACGAAGGAGUGAAGGCCUGUUAUGAGCGCUCCAAUGAGUAUCAGCUGAUCGACUGCGCACAGUACUUUUUAGACAAAAUAGACAUGGUUCAGCAGAGUGAUUACACACCAUCUGACCAGGACCUUCUCAGAUGCAGAGUUCUCACCUCUGGUAUAUUUGAAACACGAUUCCAAGUGGACAAAGUGAAUUUCCACAUGUUUGAUGUGGGUGGCCAGAGAGAUGAGCGGAGGAAGUGGAUCCAGUGUUUUAAUGAUGUAACUGCCAUCAUCUUUGUGGUGGCCAGCAGUAGCUAUAACAUGGUCAUUCGAGAAGACAAUCAAACCAACCGCUUACAAGAAGCACUUAAUCUCUUCAAAAACAUCUGGAACAACAGAUGGUUGCGAACUAUCUCUGUAAUUCUCUUCCUGAAUAAGCAAGACCUCUUAGCUGAGAAGGUCUUGGCAGGAAAGUCGAAAAUUGAGGAAUAUUUUCCGGAGUUUGCUCGCUACACCACACCAGAUGACGCAUCCCCUGAGGCAGGAGAGGAUCCACGAGUCACAAGGGCAAAGUACUUUAUCCGGGAUGAAUUCUUGAGGAUCAGCACAGCGAGCGGAGACGGCCGGCACUACUGUUACCCACACUUCACCUGUGCAGUAGACACAGAGAAUAUCCGCCGCGUCUUCAACGACUGUCGAGACAUCAUCCAGAGGAUGCACCUCCGCCAGUAUGAGCUUUUGUAAUUGGAGGAUCCUGAGCGACAGACUUUAGAAGCUCUUGUGAUUGAAGGAGGUUGCGAGUGAUGGAUUGCCUAAGAGCUGAUGGUCUGAAAGGAGAGGAUGUGACUCACUCAUUACCUGCUGACCUGCUCUUAUGCUGGGCCCCUUAUACAGACAAACAUAAACACACACACACACACACACACACAUGUACACUGUUGCCCAGGAGAACCAUGCUGUCAGGGGACCAAAAACAAACAAAAAUAUAAAUAAAAAAUAAAUGAUGCAGCAUCCAUUUGACGCAGCAGCCCCGUUUUAAGACUGCACGCGAACGGACCUUGAGACUAAGUUAAUUCAUACGAUCGUGUGCACAAGUAGAUGCAACACGCACAGACAGACAUAGCCACAAUAGCUCAACCUGACAUCAUAAAAUGAUACAUCUGCAAAAACAUAGCUCACAUUUCUCUCAUUUUUACUUCUCGUAUUAGCUCGCCCUUUGAUCAGGGUGUGUGCCAAAUUGCAUACACACACACACACACCAACACAAACACACACAGAGAUAUACAUACACACAGCUAAACCCCCGGCAGUACUGUUGACGGCUGAUUUGUGAUGACCCUGGUCCUGUAUCACAUGACUGUGCCUGGCUGUUUCUGAAUGGCUGGAUCUGCUUUGGUUGCCUCUGAUUGGCUGAUCUGUUCACCUCCUCUCUUACAGAGACUGAUGGUUUCUCACCGAGUUGUGAGAGAGCAGGAUAGACUGCAGUGAACGAGGGACAAUUGAGACAUGACCUUGUCACGUGACUUGUUUAGGUGCUUUUGGAAAGAUGAACUUAAAAAAUGUCAGAAUGAUCACAGCUCUCCACUCCGUGCCCCCCUCCCACUCCCUUCUUUGAUCAUCUAAUUUAAUGCAAAUAAUUUGAUUGACAGCACUCUCGCCUCUGGAAAAAAAUAAUUCUAGUAAAAGAGGGAAAGAAGACUCUUGCCAAUGGAACACUGCUCCCUUCUGCCAUAUUUCUUUUGGGUCUCUUGUCAUCCUCCCAGCCCUCCUUUUCCUUUCCUCCAGUCCUUCUCUCUUCCUUUUUCUGUCUCACUCUCUUUCUCUCUAUCUGUCCCUCGCCCCUCUUCUCUCUCUGGCUGUUUCUCUCUCUCUCUUUCUCUCACUCUCCUGCUUUCUCUCUCUUUCCUUCUCUCCCUCUCCCCCCUCUAUUUUACUGCUGGACUAUUAUUCUUGUACAGACUGUAAAAUGUAUUAUUUUGUACUUUAUUGAAGAAAAAACUUGUAGAAGAUCCCUGUGCCUUGAUCACAACACUGCGUGUAAAAAAAGGGAAAAAAAGAACAAAAAAAGAGCUAAAGGCGUAAGGUAUGUCUCUGCGCUGUAUCGUAUCGCUUGGCCUCUUGGUCUGUGUUCAGACUGCAGGUAAAAGUGGUCCAAAUUUGAUUUUUAAUUAAAAAAUGUUUUGUCUUUAGUCAUCUGGCCUGGAUCUGACAUUCGUGUGAACAGAUCAUGCUCUUUAACUGACCUGCAUGAAAACAAGAACAAUGCCUUGCCCAGUUCACUCAUUCAGCGCCAACACAGAUUAAUAGACACAUUAUUUCAUGUUAAAAUCAGUGUGUAUCAGAGCAUACCGCUUUCUCCCUCUCUAGUUUAAACUUGGUGCAUAAGCAACUGACACUUAACAACUUUACAGAAAAGAGUCAAUAAAAAGGUGAAUUUCUUUGCUUGUUUUAAAUGUAAAAGUCAGUCCAUUUGAAGAAGGUUUCUAGCAGAUUUUCGAAAUGUUGCCCUGUUCAAGUUUUUGCCUUGGUUUUUUGGAAAAAGUAUUUAUCAUCUCAUACCUGUUUGAUUUCUCCUUGCGCUAGUGUUUGUUUAUUUACACUACCCGUGUUUGUCCUUUAUUAACAAAAGAUUCUAAUCCCAGGCCUAGAAAUCUGCAUUUAGAUUACAGUAAUACAGUAAUAGUUGCGUGAAAUCUGAUCUUCACAUAUCAUUUGUGAUUUCUGGUUUCAGUACCACAUUGGAAUUCCAAACAUCAGAUUCUGUUCGCACUGCAACAAACACACAGCAAAUCUUUCACACA